AUGCCAUCCGUCUCCAUCACAUCUUUUGCCCAAUCCCAACAGGCGCAACUCCUAGCUGAGCACGAAGCGGAAAUAGCCUCAUCGGCCCUAACUUUCUCAUCCAGCGGAGGCAAUGCCGCGCUAUCCUUCGCGUCGCCAGCCACGCGUCGUGCCCUCCAGGCUGCGGGACAUGCCCUAACUGGAUUGGUCCUCACCAAUUGCCGCACAGGGUUGGGCGGACGAGAGGUCGGCGAAUUUGGAGUUGACGCUGCAUUGAAUAGUGGCAAGGGCAAAAAGGGUGCAAGUGACUCGCGGAGUGCAGAUUCCGAUCGGGCUAGCCUGCCAGCACAUGGGGUGCGCGUAGGAGAUGUUGUAAGAGUCGAGGCUACUGUAUCCGGGGCAAGGGGUGGUACCGCAAGCAAGAGCUCAAAACGAAAGGUAGGCAAAGAAGAUGGGAACGGAGUGAAAGGGUUUGAAGGUGUUGUGACGAGAGUUGGAGAAAAAAGUCUAUGGAUUGCGUUUGAUGAUCGUAAUCGGCCUGGGGCGCAAGACGACGAGGGAAUUGAUGGCUUAUGGGCACAAAAGCUAUGGUUGGUAAAGCUGGCAAAUGAUAUCACAUAUCGCCGAAUGCGACAAGUCAUGACUAAGAUGGAGAAAAUGACCGAUUCCGACUACACAUCCUUUAUGAGAGUUCUUUUUGGGCAUAGUUCUCCUUCCAGUCCAGACUGGGAUUCUGUAUCUACAAUUGACUUCAUCAAUCCAAAUCUGAAUGAUUCGCAGAAGGAAGCAAUUCGGUUUGCUCUUGCGUGUCGUGAAAUAGCGCUCAUCCACGGGCCACCGGGCACCGGGAAGACCCACACGCUCAUUGAAUUGAUACUUCAGCUUCUCCGCCAAAACCUACGCAUCCUCGUUUGCGGACCGUCCAACAUCUCAGUCGACAAUAUCGUCGAACGAUUAGCCCCACAUAAAAUCCCACUCGUACGAAUUGGCCAUCCCGCACGUCUACUAUCAUCGGUGGUUGACCGGUCUCUGGAGGCACUCACGCAGACAUCUGAUGCCGCUGCUAUUGUUCAAGACGUGAGGCGAGAGAUCGAACAGAAACAGGCAAGUAUUUGGAAAACAAGGAGUGGGAGGGAAAGAAGAGAUAUAUACAAAGACCUAAAGGAGCUUCGCAAAGAGUUUCGAGAACGAGAGUCCAAGUGUGUUGACACCCUCGUGGGUGGGAGCAGGGUUGUUUUGACUACAUUGCACGGAGCAGGUGGAUAUCAGCUCCGGAACCAGAAAUUCGAUAUUGUUAUUAUUGACGAGGCCAGUCAGGCACUGGAAGCACAAUGUUGGGUGCCGUUGUUGUCGGCGUCUAAGGCAAUCCUUGCCGGUGACCAUCUCCAGUUGCCUCCGACGAUCAAGUCUAUUAGUGCAGUAAGCCAACAAAAAAGCGUGAAAAAUCACAAAGACAAGGAAGGUUCCAACAGUUUAACCACACGCCUUGAUACGACGUUAUUUGACCGCCUUCUGGCUCUUCAUGGCUCUACCAUCAAGCGAAUGCUGACCACCCAAUACCGCAUGCAUGAAAAGAUCAUGAAGUUUCCUUCUCAGGAACUCUAUGAGUCGAAUCUGAUAGCUGCAGAACAUGUCAAAACUCGUCUACUCACAGACUUGUCUUAUACUGUCCAGGACACGGACGACACUCGCGAACCACUUAUCUUCUAUGACACCCAGGGGGGAGAGUUCCCUGAACGCACAGAAGACGCCGAGUUGCUAUUAGCGGACAGCAAAAGCAAUGAUCUUGAGGCGGCCAUCGUAGCACAGCAUGUUGAGAGGCUCAUCACGGCAGGCCUGGCGGAAGAAGAUGUGGCCGUCAUCACACCGUACAAUGCGCAGGUUGCACUCCUGUCACAGCUCCUGAAGGAAAAGUACCCCAAGCUGGAGAUCGGAAGCGUGGACGGCUUUCAGGGUCGCGAGAAAGAAGCGAUCGUGGUGAGCCUGGUGCGAAGCAACGCCGAGCGCGAGGUCGGGUUCCUGAGCGAGAAAAGGAGAUUAAAUGGUUUGGUACCCCCGCGCAUGUCUCGCCGUGCUCUUCGGCUUCGAAUUGGCGACUUCUCUUCUCUUCUGCGACAUGCUGAAAUUUGGCCUGCUAUAAUUAGUUGCGAUGACACGUCCGCGAAGACACUUAUGCGUGUGCGGGGAUUCUGA